GGCGCGCGCGGGCCGCGCCAUGUCGGAUGCCGUUGGGCGCAGCCGGGGCCCCGCCCCGCCCGGCGGCCCCAGCGCCCCGCACUGAGCCCGGAAGCGCUUCCCGGCCGCGCUCUGCCCCGGGACCCCGCUCCCUGCUCCAGCCGCCGCUCCCCGCGCCCGCCCGCCGGGCCACGCGCAUCUCCCUCUCCCUUUCCUCAGGAGGAGCGGGGGGGCCCCCGCAGCGGGGCCCGGGGCAGAGCCGGGGGGCGGGAAUGCAGCCGCCGGAGCCGCAGCCGCAGCCGGAGCCGAGCCCCCAGCGCAGCACGAAAAUGCCAGAAGCCUCAGAAGACCACAAUCAUUGGAAGGCCUGUUGACUUCUGUUCUCUGGUAAUCUGGAACAUCAUCCAUCUGGCAUGGCGCAGGGCAGCCAACAGCUUGAUGUGCAGGUACUCCAUGAUCUCCGGCAGCGUUUCCCUGAGAUACCUGAAGGGGUGGUAUCUCAGUGCAUGCUUCAGUGUUCUUUAUGGAAUCCCCAGGACUUCUUCAAGCAAUACUUUGACUUCAUUGUUAAGAACAACAACAACCUCGAUGCCUGUUGUCGAGCCCUCGCACAGGAGAGCAGCAAGUAUUUGUAUAUGGAGUACCACAGCCCUGAUGACACCAGAAUGAAUAGAAAUAGCCUUUUGCACAUUAAUCUGGGUAUUCAUCCUCAUACCAGCUAUCACGCGGGGGAUGGAGCUCAACUUAAUGGUGGUCGUACACUGGUACACAGCUCAAGCGAUGGACACAUUGACCCACAGCGCACGGCAGGUAAACAGCUCAUUUGCUUAGUUCAAGAACCACAUUCUGCUCCCGCCGUUGUGGCAGCUUCUCCUAGUUACAAUCCAUUUUUCGUGAAUGACCAGAAUAGAAAUGCAGCUACUCCUCCUCCACAGCCACCUCCACAGCCAUCUUCCAUACAACCAGGAAUGAACACGUCUGCUAUGCAAGGCCCUCCCACGUAUAUGCACAUACCUCGGUACAGUACAAAUCCCAUUACUGUUACAGUAUCACAAAACCUCCCCUCUGGACAGAGUGUACCCAGAGCUCUACAAAUUCUUCCACAGAUUCCAAGCAAUCUUUAUGGGACUCCUGGCUCUAUUUAUAUUAGACAAACAUCUCAAAGUUCUUCAGGACGACAGACUCCUCAGAAUACACAGUGGCAUUCAUCGCCACAGGGCCCAGUUCCACAUUAUACUCCUCGUCCUCUACCUGUAUAUCCACAUCAACAGAACUACCAACCCUCUCAGUAUUCUCCAAAACAACCCCAGAUCCCUCAGUCGGCUUUUCGAUCACCACCGGCGUCCCAGUGUCCCUCUCCCUUCGGCUCUCCUCAACACCAAGUUCAACCUCCUCAGCUGAGUCACCAGAGUUCACAUGUUUUCAUGCCUCCUAGUCCUUCUACUGUCCCACCCCAUCCAUAUCAGCAAGCAUCCCAGACUUUUCAAAAGCAAGGUGGUCACUCUGUAUCGUACCUUCCUCCUUUUGCUGGACCUAGUUUAUCCAAAGGUUCCAUGAAUAAAAUAGAAAUUACAGUUGAGCCACCGCAAAGACCUGGGACUGCAAUGAACAGAAGCCCUUCACCUAUAAGUAAUCAACCAUCUCAGCGAAACCAGCACCCGCUGUAUGCAGCCACUACUCCUCCUUCAAGCUCUCCAUCCAGAGGUAUGUCGGGACAACCCAAACCUCCAUUUAGUGUUAAUCCAGUGUAUAUUACCUACACUCAGCCAGCUGGACCUGCAGGUGCACCAACACAGUCUCCUCGGGUAAUGGUAUCUCAGCCAAACCCAACCAUUUUUAAAAUCACAGUAGGUCGAGCACCGACUGAGAAUCUUUUAAAUUUAGUGGACCAAGAAGAGCGUUCUGCAGCACCAGAACCUAUUCAGCCUAUUUCUGUAAUCCCAGGAUCUGGAGGAGAAAAAGGAAGCCAUAAGUAUCAGAGAAGUUCUAGUUCUGGAUCAGACGACUAUGCUUACACUCAAGCCUUGCUGUUACAUCAACGGGCAAGGAUGGAGAGAUUAGCAAAGGAACUGAAGCUUGAGAAAGAAGAGCUUGAACGCCUGAAGACUGAAGUCAAUGGCAUGGAGCAUGAUCUGAUGCAGAGGCGGCUUCGGAGAGUCAGCUGUACAACUGCAAUUCCCACACCUGAGGAAAUGACCAGAUUGAGAAGCCUCAACAGACAACUCCAGAUAAAUGUUGACUGUACGCUGAAAGAAGUUGAUCUCCUUCAAUCUAGAGGAAACUUUGAUCCGAAAGCCACAUGUAACUUCUAUGAUAACAUAGAGCCUGGUCCUGUUGUGCCACCAAAGCCAUAUAAAAAAGAGCAUCAAAACAGCUCCAAACAGACUCCACGGACUCAGCCAAGAGAUGAAGACUUUGAAGGGGCCCCAUGGAAUUGUGGGAGCUGCACCUUUCUAAAUCACCCAGCACUAAAUCGCUGUGAGCAGUGUGAAAUGCCACGAUACACCUGAAAUUCAGGAAAGGGCUGCACUGGGUUGAACACAGGCUCUCAAGCCAACAGCUGUAAGAGAAGGAAACAUGGGGAACCUUUCAGUCCACCUGCCCGGCCUUUGCCAGUCAACAAUCUUCAUACUGCAAGGGGUUGGGAGUAAUGUGUUGGGAUGUUUCUGCUUCUGCUGCACUAGAAAAUAAAUUAAUUAAGGGUUAAAUUCCUUCCCAUUGUAGUGAGCAAAGCAGAAAACGAAACCUGAAAAUGUAAAAGGAUUAAUUUUGAGAAGAAUGUAUGCAGGAAAGCAAAUAACUACUGGUAUUUAUUCCUGUGGUUAGUUACUGCUUAGUGGCUCUAAAAACAACCAACCCAAAACUACUGGUUUUUUAAAGAAAAUUAUAGGACUCUUAGUAACGGUGUGAAGUGUUACACUUAACCAGAAAAACUGAAGAGCCAGAGCUGACUUAACCUGGCCACAGCCAGCUGGAAAACAAAGGCUCCCUGUGCUUCUAGAUUGUAAGCUACUGAAAAAGAAGACAGGUAAAUGCAGUGAUAAAUUUUGAAAUGUAUGAAAAAACAAGGAGAAGGGUAUUUGUAAUUGCUGCUUUUUUUCAGGGUAACUUAUGUCUACAAAAAAUUGCUGUUUGAAAUAGUGACCUGAGGUGACGAAAUGAGGAACCGUGUGAGUGUUACAGAGAGUGUAAUCAGAGGUAAUUUUUUACAAUCGCGUUUGCUUGUACAGUGCCCACCUGGCUGUGUCAACACUGGUAAUAAACCGAGAAUGAAUUCUA